GACGGUUGACACACACACACUCAGCUGUCAACAUUACCGGACAGGCGCUCUAUGGACAGAGAGGACAACAGGCUCUGCUCGUUGUUGCAGUUUUAAUUCUGUCUGUUUUGCUCCGAACUGACCGGUCAGCAUGGCUGUGGCUGAAGCACUGAUGCCUGCUGUGACAUCGUUUUCAAGUGUCCAGGCGAUGGAAGGGAAACAAUUCCACAACCUGUGUAAGGUGGACGACUGUGCGAGCAGCGGCGCAGACAACCCGCUCAUCGAAGUGGAGUUCAGCAUCCGCCAGUCUCCUGCUUUACCCCACAAGGACGACGACGAGCUGGGAAAGUUCUUGGACCUCGAGUUCAUUUUGUCCAACACCAUCGGCUCCGAUGCUGGAGACGGCAGCACCAGCAGCGGGGACAUCUCCCCGCCGCCGCAGCAGCAGCAGCAGCAGUGCGCGUACUCCCUGCCGGAGUCACCGGAGAGCUGCAGCAGCUCUGCGCCAGACUGCGGCGACAACCCUCCUCCUCACCUGGCCGCACAGGCAUACCACGGCACCGUCAGCUACACGAGCGAGGGCCCGGUCCGCAGUCUCAUGGCGGAGCUCCUCACGCCGGAGAUGAACUACACGGGGGACAGCUCACCGGAGAGCGCCGGCAAGGCGAGAGGCGGGCGGGAGUACACCGAGCUGCGAGCGUUGCAUUCGGUCACCAUUCCAGCUCCUCCCGCUCAUCACCACGCGGCCACGUCCCCUCCACCUCUUGGAUACAAAAUAAAAACCGAGCCUGUGGGUCAGUCCUGUAUGAUGGCUGCCGCUGGGGACUUUAUUGGACAGAUGUAUGAUAGGCAACAAAUGCGUUCCGCGGCAUUUACGCACCACCAGGCCGCGCACCCAGGCGCGCUGACAGGUUUCGGUGCGCACCACAUGCAGCACCACGCACCCCAGGGACGCACGGACUGCCAUCUGACUGGGCAAAUGAACUCCAUGAGCUCGCCUCAUCCCAACCAACACCAUCUCCAAAACCAGUACGUGAACGCGCCCUACCAGCCGCAGUACACACACCAGAGUGUGCCACAGUACCAGGGGCAGUACAGCAUGCACAGAGAGUCUGUCCGCGUCCACCAGCAGCACCACCCGGCCUCCAUGCAGGGGAUGAUGCUCACCCCUCCGUCGUCGCCGUCGCUGCUGGAGUUUUACGCGCAGGACGACGCGGGGAGCAUCAAACAGAAGCGAGGCCGCAGGUCGUGGGCCAGAAAGCGCGCGGCCACGCACAGCUGCGAGUUCCCCGGCUGCGGGAAGACCUACACCAAGAGCUCCCACCUCAAAGCCCACACAAGGACACACACAGGUGAGAAGCCCUACCACUGCAACUGGGAAGGCUGCGGCUGGAAGUUCGCCAGGUCAGAUGAGCUCACGCGUCACUUCAGAAAGCACACGGGACACCGGCCCUUCCAGUGUCACCUGUGCGAGCGCGCCUUCUCACGCAGCGACCACCUGGCUCUCCACAUGAAGAGGCACAUGUAGGCCGCAUUAGAACUUCUGAACGCAUAUGUGUCCAAAUCCAUCAUGGGGUCGUGCCCGGAGCAUCCCAAGAAGAAGCACGAGUUGGUCCCUCAGUACUGAACAAAGGUUCCUGUAAGGGACUUGAGAAUAUGUGUGGUGCCUUGAUCGAAAGUGUAAAGCAACCUUUUCACAAGUCAUGGCAAUGUAUCUCCUGAGGGACCACACAUGUGUUGCUGUUGGAACAUGUCAUGCUUCCAAAAGUCAAGUGCCUCUCCAUCAGAGACAAGAAUACAUGCUGGUAGCUUCUGUACAUAUCUGUGGAUAUAUGACUAACUUUGGCUAAAUUAUAGUUGUUUGUAUUGGAAGAUAUUUCCUCACUCUUGUCUUUUGAAAAAAUAAGUUAUUGAUUGUUGAGCGAGUGCCUUAACCAGACGGUGCAUUUGCUUUCUAAAGGGGAAUCCUCACUGUGGGCUGGACCCAUAACUGUGCAUAUGUAAAUAGUAUUUUUUUUUUUGUAAUGUUUACAUCUUUAUAUCUUUGAUACUAAUCGAAUCAGGUCAGGGUUGUUUUUUUUUUAAAUCAUUUUUUUGUUACUCUAUUUUCUCAAGCUUGUCAGUCUACACAGUAAUACAUAUCAUAGAUUUGUUCUUUGUCCUGUGAGGGUUUGCUCGAGCGAUGUCAACAAAUUCAGGUACUAAAACUCAAUUUCAGUCCCGAUUUUUCAGGAUCCCAAACAUCAAGUGUCUAUUCGCCCUCACUUUACUCAGUGCAAAUGUUAUUAACAGCUCAGUGUUUAUACAACACACAUGUAUUUUUGUGAAGUAAGAUGUGUAAAGAAUGAAGAAAUCCCCCUGCGACCAAUGGUUGAAGUGCUGUACUUGAAACAGAGUUGCCAAUUUUCAAAAAUGCAUUUUUUAAUGUGCUUAAGGGCUCAGAGAAUAAAAGUACUUUUACAAAUACAGAA